AUGGACCCUUCGUACAUGGAAAAGUCUUGGGACGAGCUUCCAAACCCCAAGCGCGUGUGGGUGGGAGAACCCGGCAGCCGCGAGGAGGGUCUUGGGAGACUUGUGCUUCUUACGCCUGAGAGGGUGGCUGCAGCUGCAAAGCAGAUCAAGACUGGUAUCCGAGUAAACCUUGGCUGGGACUUGAACAAGUUGGAGUACGCUUGCUUCAACCGACAGCCAUGUGAGUUCAAGGUUGUGCCGAUCUUGGGUGGCGUUGCGUUUGAUGACAUCUACGUUAUGAAUCCUCAGCAGAGUAGCCAGUGGGAUGGUCUACGACACUUUUCUACACCUAUUGAAGAGGGAAGCUCGGAGCGUGUGUUUUAUGGCGGAACGACCAAAGAAGAGAUUCUUGAUCGUUCUAAUGGCCGUAUUGGUAUCCAGCACUGGGCUCGUGAGGGUAUUACAGGCCGUGGUGUCCUCAUCGACUAUGCCUCCUGGGCCAAAAAGAAGGGCAUCGAAUACACAACCUUUUCCCUCCACGCCAUCAAGCUAACCGACAUGCUCGAGAUUGCCAAAGAGUGCAACAUCACCUUUCAACGAGGCGACAUCCUCUUUGUCCGCACCGGCGUCAUCAAAGAGUGGGAGCAGGACAUGGAUGUCGAAGCCAAGAAGGCAUAUGCAUCCUCCACGAACCCUCAGCAUGCAGGUGUCGAGGGAACCUUGGACGUGCUCAAGUGGGUGUGGAAUACGGGGUUUGCAGCUGUGGCCGGCGAUGCCAUCAGCUGGGAGGUGUAUCCCCCACCUCCAGGAACCAUCUUGAUGCACGAGUACAUGCUCGCAGGAUGGGGAAUGCCCAUCGGUGAACUAUUUGAUCUGGAGCGGCUAGCUGAGAUAUGCAAGCAACUCAAUCGUUGGACCUUCUUUGUGUCUUCGUCGCCUUUUAACAUGCAGGGUGGAAUCUCUUCGCCGCCUAAUGCGCAGGCCAUCUUUUAG